AACCCGUGAAUGGCAGAAUAAAGCAGUUUGCGAAUAGUGACCGGACCACGUUGUAACCUACUUGACCUCGGUAACGUGCUGCGAUUACCUACCGUACGUAACUGAACCUGAGAAACGGAUUGGUUGUUUCGCGUGCCGGUCCCGGAACAAGAACGAACGGUUUUCGCAUUACUUAGCUAAAACAAGGCAAACAUGGCACCUAACGCAGCAGUACCGAAGACGCAACCUGAAUCCGCCGCAACCGGCAUCAAUGCCAUUUUGCUUGGCCCGCCCGGAUCUGGCAAAGGAACACAGGCGCCACUGUUGAAGGAGAAAUACUGCGUGUGCCACCUAUCGACGGGUGAUAUGCUAAGGGCAGAAAUAGCCUCCGGAUCGAAGUUGGGUGCUCAACUGAAGAAGGUUAUGGACGAGGGCAAACUAGUGUCGGACGAUCUCGUAGUAGACAUGAUUGACUCGAAUCUGGACAAGCCGCUCUGUCGGAACGGGUUCCUUCUCGACGGCUUCCCGCGUACGGUGGUGCAAGCGGAAAAGCUGGACGUUCUACUCGAAAAGCGCAACACCGGUCUCGAUGCGGUGAUCGAAUUUGGCAUUGACGAUAGUCUGCUCGUGCGACGCAUUACCGGGCGACUGAUUCACCAGUCCAGCGGCCGGUCAUACCAUGACGAGUUCGCACCUCCGAAGGUGCCGAUGCGCGAUGACGUUACGGGGGAACCGCUAAUACGACGAAGUGAUGACAAUUCGGGCGCACUGGUUAAGCGGCUCGACGCUUACCACCAACAGACGAAACCGCUCGUUGACUACUACGCUCUACGUGGACUGCACUUCCGCGUCGAUGCUGCAAAAGGUGCAUCCGAUGUGUUCGCCAACAUCGACAGUAUCUUCACCAGGCAGCGAGCACAACGGGUGGGCCUAUAAUUGAGACACGUAAGACAGUGCGCACGGACAAGCAGACAACCUUCUAUCUACCUGUUUUUGUUUUUUUAAACAAUGUUUUACCUUUUGAGUAGCGAACUCGAUCAUCCUCAAGCUAGGUGAAACUAUAUGGCAUCAGUGCGUUAAGCUCUGCCCAGCAUCCUAGAAAACUGCCCUUUUCUAUGACAAUUUUGCUGAGUGGAGCUGUUAUGGGCUGAUUCCGUUUGCCCUAUAAAUUCCACUCAGACAAAUUUGAGUGAAUCACAUAUUUUCAAAUGCCACAUAAGUGUGACGUGCAAAUGAGAUGGUAAUAGAUAUUUGAAUGUUCAAUCUAGCAAUAUAAUAACAAACAUACAUA